GAAUUUAAUUUAAAAUCAUGUUUAUUUUAUCACUGAAAUUUGUAGGAUGCCACCGAAACGUAAAGCUAAGUCGAAUGGGCCUAAAUUGCCUAGUUCUCUUCAAGAACAACUUGAAGUUGGUGAUAGUAAGUUUGGGAAGAGAUUCAAAAAUCAAGCACAAUCGAGAAAAGAACAAAGAAAACAAGAUCGAAUAGAUAGGAAAAAGAAAAAGGCUCAACGAAAUCAAGUAGAAACAAACAUUCAGCCGCCUGAGAAACGUCAGAAAAUAAACCAUCAAUCACAAUCAUCUAUAAAUACAGCUACCUCAUCAAAGAUCAUCAAAUUUUCUGCCAAAAAACCAAAAAGCACAAAAAUGAGUUCUUAUUCACAGAAGUUAGAAAGACUUUCUAUAACAAAUCCAAAUUUUUACUCGUUGCUUAAGGACUCUAAUCUCAUUUCCACCUCAAGUGAAGACACUUUAGCAGAAUCUAAAAAUACUGAUGAAAAGGAAAUUAGACGAUUAGAAAAAAAACUGGGAAUAAAAUCAGGAGGAAAAUUAACAAAAGCAUUUGAAGAUGAUGGGUUGGACGAGUUACUGCAAGGGGUCGAUGUUGGUUCAAAAAAUUUGAAAUUUUCGAAUUCUUUAUCUGAGGAGGAAGAGGGGUGUGAUAUAGGAAUAUCAGAGCAAGAUUAUUCUGAUGAUUUGGAGUAUAAAAGUGAUGAAGAAGAAAAUACUAAUAUCAUGGAAGAGGACGAUACAGAAAAUGAUUCCAAUAUGUACGAUAAAGAAUAUAACAAAGAGGAUGGAAAUUAUGAGGCAAAAGGUAAAUAUGUUCCUCCUCAUCUACGAGACAAAGCUUUAUCCGAGUGUGACAAAGCAAAAAAAGAUCAACAAAUACGGUUACAACGGCAAUUACAAGGCUUAUUAAACAGACUGAGCGAGUCUAAUAUUGAGAGUAUCAUCAUGAACAUUGAUGAAUUGUAUCAAAAAUUUACCCGACAUGAUGUUACUUCUACCAUUACAUCCCUUGUCUUGAAUUCAAUUACCUCAAGAUCCACGUUAUUAGAUCAAUUUGUGAUUUUAUAUGCUACAUUAAUAGCGGCUUUUUACAAAAUAAUUGGUAUCGAUUUUUGCGCACAUUUUGUUCAAGAGAUGGUUGAAGAAUUUGAGAGAUACCAUAGACAAUAUAAUACCAAUUCUAUCGAUGGUGUUAAAAGCCUUGAAGAAGAAGGUGGAAAAGAGUGUACAAAUUUAGUAGUUUUGGUUUCAGAACUUUAUAAUUUUCAAGUCAUAUCAUGUGUAUUGGUUUAUGAUUUAAUUAAAUUAUUUAUUUCUGAUUUGAAUGAACUUAAUGUUGAGUUGUUAUUAAAAGUGAUUAGAAGUUCUGGAUAUCAACUUAGAAAAGAUGAUCCGACUGCAUUGAAAGAAAUUAUUCAACAAGUUCAAACUGAAAUCACAAAAAAAGAUUCAGGGUCAUUAGGAUCACGUACGAAGUUUAUGAUUGAAACUAUAACAAAUCUUAAAAAUAAUCGUCUAAAACAGCAGAAUGUAAUGGUGAAUAUUGAAAGCAUUCUUAAAAUGAAAAAAUUUCUUAAUAAUCUAGGAAAAAAGAUCCAAGUUCAAGCGACGGAAGCAUUGAGAGUCAGUCUUGAUGACAUUAGGUUUGUUGAAACAAAAGGAAAAUGGUGGCUUGUUGGAUCAUCGUGGACCGCUAAUUUGGCUGAUGAUUCAUCAACUUCAAUCAUUACGCAACGCGCUGAGAAAAUUGAUAAUUCUGCAUCUAGCGCUUUAUUAAAGUUAGCUAAAGAACAAAAAAUGAAUACGGAUGUUAGAAGAAGUAUUUUUGUGGUCAUAAUGAGUAGCGAGGAUUAUGUUGAUGCGUUUGAAAGACUUUUGAAAUUGAAUCUAAAAGAAGUCCAAGAACGUGAAAUUCCCAGAGUUUUAUUGCAUUGCUGUGGAAAUGAAAAAACACAUAAUCCAUAUUAUGCAUUGAUAUCACAAAAGCUUUGUGAACAUGAUCAUAGCUUUAAAAUUACUUUUCAAUAUUGUUUAUGGGAUUUUUUAAGAGAAUGUGGAGAAAAUGAUAUCGGUGGCAUGGAACUUGUUAAAACCAUUCAGACAUCAUCAACUGCAGAAAAAAUUCCUUUAAGAAAAAUUGUGAACUUGAGUAAACUUUAUGCAUUUUUAAUAACUGGCGGCCAAUUAUCUGUGAUAAUACUUAAAACUGUAUCGUUUCCUAAACUUCAACAACAAUCACGAUUAUUUUUUCAAUUAUUAUUUUCUAAUAUAAUUUUAUUAUCUAACGAAACACAAUUUUCAAGAAAAUCAAAUAAUCAAAAACAAAUGCUCUAUAAUAUAUUUAGUAAAUCAUUAACGAAUCCUACAUUAGCUAAAGGAAUUUUAUUCUUUUUAUAUAAUUUUGUUAGAAAAAGUGAAAUAUUAGAACAAAAAGAAAAAGGAUUAGUUAAAGUGGGUUGUAAUAUUAUUAAAGAAAUUAUUCAAAAUGGAUUUAGCACUAGUAGUAACGAUUUGCUUUAAUAUAUGCUCAAUUCCCAACGCAAUAUUUUCAGUAAGAAAGAAUUUAACAAUAUAUUUUAUUAAAUAAACAAUUCAGUUUUAGAAAUUAGAAUAGGCUAUGACAAUACUCAAAAUUCUUAACAGUUAAUCAAAAAGUCGUUUCAAUAUCGAUAUAGAGAUGGCCCGCAGUGCCCAAAUUUUACACAUUUACUCGAUAAAUUUCACUCCAAUUCUGCACUAAUAUUAUGUGAAAUAGUCAUCAAGUGCAUUAACUUUAUUUAGUAAUAUUAUCUUUUAAAAAGAUAUUAAUAGAAAAAUAAAUUUCCGCUAUAAAAGAAAUAAUGGGGAAUUGAAUUUUC